AUGCCACCUCGACAUCACUAUUGGAAAAUGAAACCACCUAAACUACCCAUCUUUAAAUAUAGAGAAAGUAUAGAAAAGGUGGUGUAUAAUAAAAUAUCAAAAGCAGAUAAAAUUAAAGUUUCAGACGAUAAGUUUUUUGUGGUUGAAAGAGGCCAGGUAGCUGUUUUUGAAAGAAGCAAAUCUCAUAAGGCAGUUAGUUGUGAAUUGAAAAAAAAAAGAUCUCAUAAAGAAUUUAAUAAGAAUCCUUCACCUCAAGAUAAUACUAUAAUUAACUUAUCUCAGGAUGAUGAUGUAAUCAUAGUCAACUCACCUCAAGAUGAAAUUAAUAAAAAUCCUUUACACAAUAUAAUUAUAAUUGACUUAUCUUAA